CACCACGCUGGGGAAACCCGCGCCGGCGGGCGUUUGACGACAUGGGGGACUCUGCCACUGCCUCUGCCUCGUUGCGCCGCCGCGGUGACGCGACACCGCGCGCCCGACCGGUGCCUGCGCCUGCGGCGCCGAAGAGCCAGGAGAAAGAUGAGGUGGAGAACCUUCGUUCCAAGUUGGCGGGAGAACGGCAAAACAUCAAGUUGACCGCUGCACCCAUCACCACGGUGAGGUUGUUCACCAUCAGUGCCGUGGAAUUCUUGAUAUACGGCCUUCGUAAAGUGCUCACCAGCAUGUACACGUGGCUUCUAGCGCUUCCCCUGCUUGCUGGGUAUUUCUACCUCAAGCUGGUCUACGCCCCAGAGCUCUUUGAGGCCCCGGUGUGUGGCGUGAAGCAGGGAGCACCACUGUGGCAAUUCGAACUGGCAAUCUAUGAGGCCUCUUGGUGGAUCAUCCUGGGAGUCCUGUCGUCCGUUGGUUUCGGCACCGGCUUGCAUUCAGGCAUGAUGUUCCUCUUCCCUCAUGUUCUGCAAGUCGUCACCGCUGCCGAAAGUUGUGGCACCACCGAAGGACUGAUUGUGUGGUAUCAGCAUCCUUGCAAGCUAGAUUGCAGCACGACCAGUGGUCCUGAUGAUACCGUGACGUUUUUCAACCUUUGGUGCAAGGUGACCAUCCCCUGCAUGCUCUGGGGCUUUGGCACGGCUGUGGGAGAGCUGCCGCCGUACUUAGUGUCAAAGGCAGCUCGGCAGUCGGGCAGCACGGACGAAGAGUUUGCCAAAGAAAUGGAGGACGCCAAGACGAAAACGGACGUCUUCAAUCGGAUGAAGCUUUGGACAGUGAACUUUACGGAGCAGCACGGUUUCUUGGGGAUUUUUCUCCUUGCGUCUUGGCCCAACGCGGCGUUCGACAUGUGUGGAAUGUGCUGCGGCUAUUUGUUGAUGCCCUUUUGGACCUUCUUCAUCGCAACGGCUCUAGGAAAGGGAGUGGUGAAGGUGAACGGUCAAGCAGUUGUGUUUGUGAACCUCUUUGGUUCCGCGGCCUUUGAGGUGUUGCUCAAAGGAUUCGACUCCAUGAACAGCUUGAUCGAGGCAAUGUUGGGGAAGGAUUUGCAGCUGCGCGCUGUGAUCUCCAACUUAAGAGCCAAGCUGUUGGCAAAGUUCCAUCAGCACAAUCGAAUGCAUCCAGAACAUCUCUUCCACAACGACGAUGACAAGCGGCUUGAAUUCCACGAGAUUUGCAAGCUGUAUGACACUGAGGAGGAAGAAAAGAAGAAAGAAAUUGCGUACAGAGUCUUGCAGGAGUGGGACAAGAACGGCGAUAAGGCGCUGUGUGUGGCAGAAGUGAAGAAUGCCGCCAGCGUCACCGACGGAAAGAUCUCCUUGUCGUCGCUGGAUCCCGGUGCGCCCACGAGUAUUCUCAAAGUUUGUUGGGAACUCUUCGUGGCGGCGCUGAUUUUGUACUUUUUGGUCUCCAUCAUGAACCAAAUGGCUCAGUCCAAACAGGCCGAAUACGAUGAAGCCAAAGUGGAAGAGUUGAAGAAAAAAUCCAAGAAGAAGUGAAUUCCUCUUGGAGCAACAGAGCAUGGCGGCCUGGGUGUCAUGAUACUGGGCAAACAUUG